AUGCUUUUGCAGCAAGAAUGUUUAACCUCCUCCCCCGGUGCUAGUUCUACUGCAACUCCCAGUACUGCAUCUACUACAACUCCAGGUGCAAAUUCUACUGCAACUCCCAGUACUGCGUCUACUACAACUCCAGGUGUUAGUUCUCCUGCAGCUCCCAGUACUGCUUCCACUACAACUCCUGGUACAAAUUCUACUGCAACUCCCAUCAAUAUAUGCAAAACUGAAUGGUUUCACCGUGAUAACCCAUCAGGACAGGGAAUAUGUGAAGAUCUCACCAGUCUACAAAAAGCUUUUCCAUACCGCAUCUGUAAUCUCCCGAUAACCUGUGAGGUGGAAACAGCAUCAGAGGUUCCAUCCUCACAGACUGGAGAGAACAUUUGUAGGUGCAGCAUUUCUACUGGAUUCUAUUGUGUGUAUACGGAGAAAAGAGAUGGGAAGUGUAACGAUUACAGAGUACGAUUUACCUGCACUGAAUCUAUGUAAUGGCAAAGUGGCGGAUGCUGGCGGCAGUGGUAUUGAUGCUAAUCUGUGGUGGACAGUCCUGCAACACGUUCCUGCAAGUGACAUAUGAAUAUGCAAACAGGACUCACAUGUCAGACUGCUGGAUUUGUUUGUGAACACUGAACCACACCGCAGAAGGGAUGCCAUUAAUAAUGAUCCUUUUCAGGAAAAAGACUUGGGGAAAUUAUUCAGCUUCUCGGGGUUCUGAUUUGGGAAAAGCCGGGAGGGAAUGUCCAUUCCAGCCUACUUCAUCCCACAAUAUGGCUGUGGCUUUAAAGAACGAGCCUUAAUAGACCCCAGUGGAGCGAGUGUUUUAAGGGCUGGUACUUCCCUAUGUACAGUUGAUUUAGCUCCAAGGUUCCGACUGUGAAGAUAAUUCCCGACCCAACAGUGAAGAGAAAGGAAUGUUGGUGCAGACAUUAUGAUGAGCACAGGUCAAAGCAGACGGUGAGAUACAGCGAGUACGAACAGGAAAGGUACCCUGAAAUGGCCGUGUCUAUACCGAGGGGUCCUAUAAAGGUUGGUACUCCUUGGCCUAUCCGUGGCUUCCAAUGGGGUGGUACGGUUGCUGCUCUCCAGGAUAUGUGGUGCCUUUGAUACAUCACCUCAGUCAUCUAGAUGAACACCCUGCUUAUGUUGGUCAGUGUAAUAAGAGUGCUAUUAUGGAGGCAAAACCAUUUUAGAUGAUAGCCUUUCCCAUGUAUGGUACCACUAAGCUGUCUCGGGAAAUUAUACACAUGAUCUCUGCAAUAGAAAUGUUGGUUGAUGAAACAGAUACUGAGGAAGCAUUAACCCAGAUAUCUGCCGAGGAGGUAGCUAUUCGAAUGGUCGACUUGCAAAAUCAGAUGGCCUUAGAUUAUCUGCUUGCAGAGAAGGGUGGUACUUGUGCUGUUAUUAGUCAAGAUUGCUGCACUUACAUUCCUGACGAGUCGGGGAACACCACUCAGCUGGCUGAUCACUUUAAACAGUCGGUGAACAAAAUUAUGAAAGUAAGGGACCAGUUCCAUAAUUAUUUCACUCUGGGAGUAUGUUAGUGGCCUUUUGGGGCACUGGAAGGUUGGUGGACUACUAUAAUAUACUAGAGGGUAACUAUUGGGCUUAUAAUACUGGGUAUUAUACUUCUGUCUUGUAUCUGUAGUUUAUUAGCCUGAGGGGCAGAUUGUCACAGUGUCACAACCUUUGAGGGAUGAUUUUCCUGUCAGGUCAUGGCUUAUUUUAGUUGAAAACCACUACCCUUGUGCUGAUUGAUUCACUUAAAGUCUGCAAUGCUCUUUUCCCAUUAUGUACCAUGACGCCCAUUCCCAUUUCAGGCACCUGGGGGGGGGGGUGAUAUAAAAGGUAGCACAUGUGAAGGGGUCACCCUCUUCUUUCCUUCCAUCUAUAGGACCCACUUCCUGCUCAGAGUCAUGGCCAGCACUGAAGGAGCACUGAGAGAGAGCAUUGCAGACGUAGAUGGGCGAUUGUUUAGUUGAGUAUCCAUUCACAGCAUGCUUACUUCUUGGGUUUUAUAAAUUGGGGAGUUUUAGCCAAGUAUCCAUUCAUUUAAAGGGUAACAUUGUACAGUGUAGUGGUUUUGGGUAGCUUAUUUAUUUAGUUCGAAACGCUUGUUUAGCUGGACACCCUGUUUAGUGUUUCACUGUUCAUUUUUAAAUAAAUACCGAAUGUACCCAUUUUAAAUCUGUGUCUCCUGUUUCACUCAUUGGAUCCUCGAACCUGC